AUGCCUAGAUUUAUUUAAGAGAGAAUGAAUAAAGGUUAAAUUUAGAUUUAGUAAGAUUAAGGUGAUGUUACAAUAUUAUUUUGUGAUAUUUAUUAAUUUGAUAAGGUUAUUAAAUAUGAAUAAGAAAAUAUAUUAAAUUUUUUGGAUACUCUUUAUAGAGCUUUUGAUUAAUUAUGUUAGACAUAUGAUUUAUAAAAAAUAGAAACAGUAGGAAAAACUUAUAUGGCAGCUGGAGGAUUAAAAGAUUAUGAUGCAGUGAUAAGUAAUAAUUUCAUAUAAAAAAUAGAUUAAAAAAAUGCUAAUAGUACAACUAGAGCUUUAGAAACAGCUAUAGCUAUGAUGGAUACUGUAAAAACAAUGAAAUAUGGUGACAAUCAAGAUGUUAAAUUAAAGAUUGGAAUUCAUUAUGGUAGAGUGAUAGCAGGUGUAAUUGGAGUUCAUAAACCAUAAUUCUCAUUAAUAGGAGAUACAGUAAAUACUACUAGCAGAGUUUGUAGUACAAGUGAAGCUGGAUUUAUAACAUUAAGUGAAUCAGCAUAUAAUAAUAUAAAAGAUACUACUAAAUAUUAAUUUGAUUAAAAGGCAGUAGCUGCAAAAGGAAAAGGAACACUAUAAACAUUUCGAUUAAAAUUGUAAUAAAAGGAAAGAGAAUCAGCAAGAUUAAUAUCAUCUAAAUUAAUUAAAGAUCAUUAAGAAUCCAAUAAUAAGGAAUCUAGAGUUCAAAUAAUGCCAUUAAAAAAUAAUGAAAACAAAAAAUCUCCUGCUAAAAAUUUAUUGAAAAGAGCUUCUGUUAUGAAUCCAAUGGGAAUGGGAAACGAUUCAAAUAAAUCUCCGAUAUUAGUUUUAAGACAACUCUAAUAAUAAUUAUAAAACAAAAAGUCAUUAUAAGUUAUGAUUAAGAAAAAAUAAUCAAUUGAUCAUGAAAAUAAAGAAUAAGAAAUUAAGCGAUAAAAUUCUUAAAAGUCAAUAUCUAGUUCCAAUUCAGAUGUAAAUUAAUAAUAAUAAAUAUAAGAAUGAAAAUUAAUUCCAAGUUUAACAGUAACCUAAAGUAGUGAAUUCUAAUGCAAAAAUGAGAAGUAGUAUACUAUAUCUAUAAAGACCAAUUAGAAGGGGAAAUGAGGAUGGAAUUAUUUAACAUUAUCCAUCUACUUUAUAAUAGUUUUCAAUGACUUAAUUUUAACCAGUUUCUGAUGUUCGAAUUUAACCAUCUUCAAAUUAAAUUUCAUCUUCACAAAAUUAAUAGAGUUCUAGUAUAUAACCUUAGUUAAGUUCACUUCAAUAAAAUUCUUAAAAUCAAAUGGUUUAGAUUUUGGAACAUCCAAGCAAGGAGAGUAUAAAGUAAGUGAGAAUUGUAGAGGAAGCAUAAAAUUAAUAGAAUAAUCAAUAAAUUCCAAGAGGGUAAAUCAAAAGAAAAGGAACUAUUAUAAUGGCUGAUUUGGUAACAAAGAAAAAAAUGAUGAAAUCAAAUACUAAAAUAAUUCUACCAGAAGAUAAGGAAAAACCAUUUAAAUUUGGAUAAAAAGAAAAUGAAAAUCAUUUUGAAGGAAAUGGUAAUAAAUAGAUAGAUAAUCAUGGUUUUUUUGAAGCUUAAGAGACUCUUAUAAAAAAAGAUAAUGAUUUUAUUGAAAAUUUUGAUGAAAUUGAAAUAAAUAAAAAAUAAAGCAUAUCAAAACUUUAAUAAAAAUUAGAUUUGAUAAAGUUAAAGAAUAUUAAAAAAUUUAAAUUAGAUUUUGAUAAAGAUUUUGAUUAUGAAUUAAAUAAUAGUUAAUACGAUAAUAAAGAUCAUGUAUUAUAUUAUUAGAUUUAUGAAGAAUAUAAUCUUUAAGAACUAAUUUAAUUUAGAAAAACCUUUAUAUUAUUACUUAUUUUAAUGAUUUGUAAAAGCCUUCUAUAUUUCUUAUUAGAUGAAUUAAAUCCAACAAAUAAAAUAGAACUAUUAAUUGUUAUUUUAUGUCAACUUAUUUUUAGUGUAUUAAUUAUAGUAGCUUUUUAUAGAUUUUAAGAUCUUUAAGAUUUUAAAAAAGCUAAAACAUUAAGUUUGAUAUAUUUUAUAAUAAUAAGUUCAUUAAACAUAUUAAUAAUAUACUUUAUUGAUGAAUAAUAAUUUGAAAUAAUUUUAUAAUCAUGUUAGAUUACUGCAAUUUAUAUCAACUUAUUUCACUAAUAACUUUUUAUUCUAAAAGAUAAAUAAUAUUUAUAAAUCAUUUACUUUAUUCUCCUUAUUUUAUUAACUGUAUAUAAAAAGUAUAUAUUGGAAAUAGUGUUUUUCAUUAUUAGCACAGAUGGUUUAACAUAUUAUUAUGAACAUUAAGUAAAUGAAAUCCUUGUUAAAAAUUAUAGAGUGAGCCAAUAAUUAUAAACUCAAAUUUCAAAAUAUGAAAAUAUGUUGUAAUAUUUGAUGCCUCCUCAUGCAUUAAAAAGAUUAUUAUAACCAGAAUCAGAUAAAACAGAAACAUUUAUAGAUGUUCUUGAUAAUGCUACUGUUUUAUUUGCAGAUAUUGCUGGUUUUACUAAAUAUUCAAGUUCUGUUUAACCUGAAACUGUUGUUGAAAUGCUUAGAAAUCUAUUUUAAUCUUUUGAUUUAUAUUGUCAAAUGGCAUAAAUAUAUAAAUUAUUUACUAUUGGAGAUUGUUAUGUAUGUAUGGGUGUUUUGGAUUAUACAAAAAGGGAUCCAGCAGAAGAAGUAUUAUAUUUUAUUAAUUUAGGCAUAAAAAGUAUUAGCUUUUGGUCUCAAAAUGAUAUAAAUUAUUAAUGAUGUCAAAUAGGAUCCUUAAUAUUAACAUUUAAAUAUGAGAAUUGGAGUACAUACAGGUAGAGUUCUUGGUGGAGUUGUUGGUACUGAUGUUGUUAGAUAUGAUAUUUAUGGUGAAGAUGUCACUAUUGCAAAUUUGAUGGAGUCAUCUGGAACUGUAUAAUAUUGAAUUUUAGUUUUAGGAAGGAAAGAUGUUAAUUAGUGAUUAUACAAAGAAUUUAGUUGAAUCUGAAUAUGAUGACUUUAAAUUUGAAUAUGCAAAAGAUGUUUAUAUACAAUCAAAAGAUAUUACGGUACCCACUUUCUUUGUUUCACUUAAUGAUGCAGAUUAUAGUGAAGAAGGUUGA